GAACCUGCGGCGGGUAUGGAGUGGGCUGUGAGAACGCAGGCGCCUCCCUCUUGCGGGACGCGGGUUAAGGACACUGCAUGUCAGGGGCAGGAUGUCCUUGCGGACUCGGACGAACCUCAGGAACAAACGGUAGAUGUCGAGCGAACACGGUACGACCUCGCCUCCAGAAAACGCGGGCGCUGGACUUCCAGCACCGCCCCUGUCCCUCCAGGAACUUCCGCCUCGGCCUGCAGUGGGCGGUCCGCGGGAAGCCACGCCCAGUUCCGCGUCUCUCGCCGCCGCCACGAGGACAGCAUGGCAGGCGCCGAGUUGCGGGCGGCGCUGGAGCAGCGGCUCGCCGCCCUGGCCAUCCGCACAGAGGUCGUGGAGCACCCGGAGGUGUUUUCAGUUGAAGAAAUGAUGCCUCAUAUCCAGCAUUUGAAAGGAGCACACAGUAAGAACUUAUUUCUUAAGGACAAAAAGAAAAAAGGCUAUUGGCUGGUGACAGUUCUUCAUGAUAGACAAAUUAAUUUAAAUGAUCUCGCCAAGCAGUUAGGUGUUGGGAGUGGAAACCUGCGGUUUGCCGAUGAAGCAGCCAUGCUAGAAAAACUGAAAGUUGGCCAAGGUUGUGCCACCCCAUUGGCACUCUUCUGUGAUGAUGGAGAUGUGACGUUUGUUCUGGAUUCUGCCUUUUUGGAAGGUGGACAUGAAAAGGUGUACUUUCAUCCAAUGACCAAUACUGCAACCAUGGGAUUGAGCCCUGAAGACUUUCUCACAUUUGUGAAGAACACAGGACAUGAUCCCAUAAUACUAAACUUUGAUAAAAACUAACUGGGCUAAAGUUCAGAGUAUUUGUUUCUGAAAGCUGUUUUUCUUACUUGUAAUUAUAAGCAGCAUUAAAAGUGGGAAGAUAUAUCUA